AUGGAGACUCCAGCCACUCACUGGAAGAGCUUGCAGUCCAUCCGUCCCCCUUCUGUCCAGCUGUCCUUAUGGGGCACCUUUUCCAGUCCCCAGCUGACCGAGUCUGGCCCAGCAAUGGUGAAGCCAGGAGGGUCCUUCAAAGUGACCUGUACGGUCUCCGGGGUUCAAGUCAGUGAUUAUUACUGGAGCUGGAACCGACAGCUUCCCGCAAAAAGCAUGGAGUGGCUGGGAUUCAUUCGAAGUACUUCACGGGGAGGAACCACUAAGAACAACCCAGCAUUCGUCAGCCGAAUGAAGAUCACCAGGGACACCUCCAGGAACGAAGUCUACCUCCAGCUGAGCUCCCUGACAGCUGCAGACACUGCAACGAAGAGAGGGGGUGAGAAAGAAGGAAAAGAGAUGGAACCCAUCCCGAUUUCUUUCAUUCUGUUAUGCAUUACACCAGGCAUUUUUUCCGGUCCCCAGCUGUCCGAGUCUGGGCCGGCAAUAGUGAAGCCAGGAGGGUCCUUGAAAUUGACCUGCACGGUCUCCGGGGUUCAAGUCAGUGAUCAUUACUGGACGUGGAACCGGCAGCUCCCAACAAAAAAACUGGAGUGGUUCGGAUUCAUUCGAAGUACUCCACAGGGGGGAACCACUCAGAACAACCCAGCAUUCGUCAGCCGAAUGAAGAUCACCAGGGACACCUCCAGGAAUGAAGUCUACCUUCAGCUGAGCUCCCUGACGGCUGCAGACACUGCGACGUAUUACUGCGCAAGACUCACAGAGAAGCAAAGCAAUGGGGCAUCCAGCUGGGAUGCUUUCGAUUACUGGGGACAAGGCACCUUGGUUACCGUCACAUCAGCACAAGCACAAGCGCCCUCCGUCUUUCCUCUGCUCUCCUGCUGUGACUCUGAUAUGGAACAACUCUCUGGAAGUAUGACCUUUGCCUGCCUGGCUACUGGCUAUUCCCCAGGCAAUGCAGAAAUCACGUGGGAACCUAAAGAUGCUACAAGAAUAAUGACAUUCCCGGAAGUGCUCCCAAAUGGAAGCAACAUGUUUUUCACCCGUAGCAGUCAGUACACAGUUCCUUCCACGGACUUUAAAAAGAACACCUAUACAUGCAUCGUGAAGCACGCUGGUAUUACAAAGCCAGAGGGUGAACGAAAGCACAUCGAAAGCAACCAUUGUGUUGAAAGAAAGCCAAAGGCAAUUCAGGUCCACAUGUUAACUCCUGACUGUGAUGAGGAGAACGCAGAGACCGAUCUGGAGCUCGUAUGUAUUCUUUUGAGUUCUGGCCCUGCCCAAGCCAAAGUGGAAUGGCUGCUCAAUGGAGCUGUGGAGCAAAUCAAGGGGAAGGUGACCCUCAGUGGAAAAGACGGCGAGGGUUACUCCAGCUACAUCAGACGAAACAUCACCAAAAAGAGUUGGGACAAAGGGGACCACUACACCUGUCGAGUGACUCGCCUGCCAGGCUCUCAGAACAUUGAAAUGUACAACACCAGCAAAUGCGAGGCUUGUUACAGAUCAAUACAACUACCAACCAUCUCCAUCACAAAACCGUCCUAUAGAGAUCUGGUUGAAGGGACAGCCAGUGUCAAUUGCCUUGUGGAGGGCUCCUUCCUUGAAAAGAGCCAAAUAACCUGGAAUGUAAAUGGCAGGCAUAGCACUGAGCCUCGAACAAAUGACAAUGGCCGUCCGAAUGCAAUAAGUAGCCGCCACUUGGUAUCACUAGAGCAAUGGAAAAGGGGCACCACAUUUCAGUGCAAAGUGGCCACCACGUGCUUUGGAGAAAUCAGCAAAGAUGUCACAAUCAAACAGGACACACGUGUACAAACCAUAAAGCCUAUAAUUGGAAUCUCCCAAGCAUACCAUGAAGAAUCUUCCGACAGCACCAUUGCUCAGAUCCUUAACAGUAUCCUGCUCAGCAAAGCACUAUACGACAAUGGACCUGUACUGCCAUCUGGGAAUGCCUACACCACUUACAGCAUCUUGAAGAUUGGCAGGAAUGAAUUACGGGAUGGGACAGACAGCUACACCUGUGUGGUCUAUCAUUCCUCCUCUGUGGAGCCAAUAACUAAGACUGAAACAAUAUCAUCUGUGUCUGGCUGUUCGGUGGAGCCAGUCCAUGUGGAGACCAUCCCCCCAUCCUUCUCCGAUAUUUACCUGACCAAGUCGGCCAAGCUGACCUGCAGAAUCUCCAACAUACCCAGCGAACAGGAUCUUAUGGAACUGAAUGUCAUCUGGAUACGAGAACGUGAUAACAAAGCAUUGGAGACCACGAUCGGAGAGGCUAAGGAGCAAGAAAACAGCGACCUGGUAUUUGUCGAUGCAACAGCUGCUAUUUACACAGAGGAGUGGAAGAGCAAUGACACCUUCAAGUGCAAAGUUACUCUUCCCCUCCUUCCGACUGCUGAAAUAAAGACCUUGCAGAGGCUGAAUGGUGGCACUCCCAGAGCUCCCGCUGUCUACGUCCUCCCCCCUCCCCCGGAGCAACUGGCAUUGCAGGAAACGGCCACCGUCACUUGCCUGUUGAAAGGUUUCUACCCCGAUGAAUUCUUUGUGAAAUGGCUCCGGAAUGACGAGCCCGUGGGAGAUUCAGAGUUCUUCACCAGCCGUCCCAUACAGGAAUCCAAGACCCCUGAGCGAUACUUCACCUACAGCACAAUUAAUGUCAAUGAGCAAGACUGGAACUCUGGAGACCGUUACACUUGCGUGGUGGGACAUGAGGCGCUUCCCCUCCAGACGACUCAGAAGACCAUAGACAAGAACACGGGAAAGCUUCCACCUCUCCGCGACAGGAUAUCUAUAUCUAUGCAACCCCCACCUUUUGAAGACCUCUUCAUCAACCAAAGUGCAACUCUAACCUGCAUGGCACCUCUGGCCAAUGCAAUGAUCAAUUGGACAGCCAACUGGACAAUAGAUGGAAAAUCUGUCAACCAGCAAGCUGUGACCACCCAAGUCUUGGAUGAAGCCAACAGUACUUCCUGGAUCUAUAGCCUCUUGAAAGUGAACCUUACCAAAUGGAAAGCCACCAUGACAUUCAGCUGUGACAUCUAUACUGGACUAGAGGAAGCUGACAUACAAUAUGAGCAAAAGAAUGAACCCUGGGACUGGGCCAUCACAAGUGCUGACAUUACCUCCAAUGUAACCACUGAUAUGUACUGCGAAUUAAUUGAGAUGGAUGGUGCCUGGAACAGGGUCUCUACUUACCUGAUCCUGUUUCUUCUUUCACUCUUCUAUGGGGGCCUUGUCACUUUCGUUAAGGUAAAAUACUCAUCACCCUCUACUCACAAUAAACCACAGACUGUGGUUCAACAGCAGCCGAGGCCUGGUUUCUCCUCAGACAGAUGCAGCCUUUGGCUAGUUUCUCCAAGUGCCCCUUCUCUUUUCCCCCUCAUUUUACCCUCUGAGAGACUCCCAAGCAACGGACGCAUCACCAUCGGGUGCUUAGCCAAGGAUGUCGUGCCUCCCGUGGACAGUUUCACCUGGGACGACCUGAACAAUGUCAGCAUCAAUGCAAAUUAUAUUAAGCAAUUCCCUUCUGUUUUCAACCCUAAUGGGACUUUCACCUUAAGCUCGCAGGUGUCUGUCUCUGUCAAUGACUGGCGGAAUUUUGAGCCAUUCUUUUGCAAGGCUAAUAACACCGUUGGAACCACAUUGGCACGAGUCACUCGUCAAACUUCCUGUCUUAAACCUGAGCUGAACAUCCAUGCACCACGCCUAGAAGAUUUUGAGAAUCCUGACGGAAAUGCCACCCUCGUCUGCAUUGCUGUUAAUUUGCACACACCGAGCACCACAGUCCAGUGGCGGAAGAAUGGGCAUGUGCUGGACUCUGGCUUCACCACCACUGGACCAGUCGCAGUGGGUCCUAGCGGCUACAGCAUCGUCAGUGAGCUCACAGUCGAUAAGAGGGACUGGAUGACUGGCAAGCCAUACUCCUGCGAAGUGCACAAUGAGGAGUUCAGUGACAUUAAGAACAUUAGCAAGCCCUUGACUUGUGAUUCUGGCCCUUGUUCCGAUGCACAAGUCCAUGUGGAGACCAUCCCGCCAUCCUUUACCGAUAUUUACCUAACCAAGUCAGCCAAGUUGACCUGCAGGAUUUCCAACAUUCCCUAUGAUCAGGAUCUCAAAGUCCUGGAUGUCAUCUGGACAAGAAAAUCUGACAACAAAGAGCUGAAGACAACCAAGGGAGAGAAACAGGAGCAAGAAAACAAUGAGCUGGUAUUUGUAGACGCAACGGCAUCUGUGUGCGUAGAAGAAUGGGACAGUGGAGAGACCUUUGAGUGCAAAGUAACUCUUCCUCUUCUUCCCACAACUGAAAUAAAAACUCUGACGAAGCCUAAGGGUGGCACUCCCAGAGCUCCCGAGGUCUAUGUCUUCCCCCCUCCCUCAGAACAACUGAAAUUGCAGGAAACAGCCACCCUCACUUGCCUGCUGAAAGGUUUCUACCCCAGUGACUUCUUUGUGACAUGGCUCCGGAAUGAAGAGCCCGUGGGAGAUUCAGAGUACAUCACCAGCCAUCCCAUACAGGAAUCCAAGACCCCCGAGCGGUACUUCACCUACAGCACAUUGAACGUCAAGGAGCAGGAUUGGAGUUAUGGAGCCACUUACACUUGCGUGGUGGGACACGAAGCACUUCCCCUUCAGACAAUUCAGAAGACCAUAGACAAGCACACGGCUUACCUUGAUGGGAUUGUAGUCACUGAUGAUGAUGAAGGACUCCUAAACAUCUCGUCAACUCUUUCCACUUUCAUCGUCCUUUUCCUUGUGAGCCUCUUCUACAGUGCCACCGUGACUGUCAUCAAGGUGAAAUAGCAAAACCAAUAAUCUUCAAAUAAUGACUGAUCCGUUGACUAAAGGAGUCCGACUCCACCAUCCUUCACUUUCUUCCAUCAACAUCGUAAUAAGAAGACUGAUUUGCAUUAUCCUCUUGCUUCAUUUUCUUUCCCAACUCCUGAUGAAAUAGCAAGGCCAGCGAUCUACUAGCAACAGACUAAAGAAACUAAAGAAUGCUUCCAAUUUCUUUUCACUGCUAUCCUAAUGAAAGACUUGCACCUCUCCAUCCUCUUCAAUGAGACAACUGAUCUCUGGAAGAGUUAUAUUAUUCACUUGUUUUCUGUCUUAGUUUUAAGAAUCCAUGUGUUCUGAAGUAGAUAGCUGCCAGCUGUUUACAUUUUAAAUCCAUCCAAUUUAUUUGUGCAAUUUUGUUUCCGUUUUUUUGGAGCAUGUUUCUCUUUCUGGUGGUCAUAUUUUAUUCUCGUACUUGUUGUGUACCUGGU